CAGGGGGCRCGGUGCAGCCAGCGGCCGAGACUUCAGGCGGGUAGGGCCGUCGGCCCUUCCCCGCGGCCGGGCGCCGCAGCCACCAUGUCUUUCGCUCUGGAGGAGACRCUCGAGUCGGACUGGGUGGCUGUGCGGCCCCAUGUGUUCGAUGAGCGCGAGAAGCACAAGUUCGUGUUCAUUGUGGCCUGGAACGAGAUCGAAGGCAAGUUUGCCAUAACCUGCCACAACCGGACAGCCCAGAGGCAGAGGAGCGGCUCCCGGGAACAGGCGGGGACUCGAGGGGGUGCCGAGGCUGGCGCACCGGUGUCUGACGGGACUCGCGGGCCAGGCAGCCCGGUGGGCAAGGGACGGCCUGAGGCCACCGGCUCUGCGACUCCAGUCCGGAGCCCUGGGUCCCGGAGGAGUUCGACCUGGGCGGAGGGAGGCUCUCCGCGGAGCGCGCGCUGUCUUCGGGGGGACCCGCCGCAGCGGAGCCCKGCCGGCAGAGGAGCGGAGAGUCUUCUCAGGAGCCCUGCGCGGGCCAAGCCCAGCCCGGUCCGAAAAGGAGUGGAAGCCAGAGAUGCGGCAGGGUCCGCCACUGCUACCCAAACGGCGCCCAAGGAGGCCCCGGUGUCCUCUGUGCGAGUUGUGAGCGCCUCCGGGGCGGUCUCCGAGGAGAUCGAAGUCCUGGAAAUGGUUAGGGAAGAUGAGACGCCCCUGCCGCUCUCCGACGCGGAGCAGCCGCCUCCCGCGGCCGAGCCGGAGUCUCCGGCUGAAGAGUGCAGCUGGGCCGGGCUCUUUUCCUUUCAGGAUCUUCGCGCCGUGCACCAGCAGCUGUGUUCUGUGAACUCGCAGCUGGAGCCAUGCCUGCCAGUGUUCCCCGAGGAACCCUCCGGCAUGUGGACCGUGCUGUUCGGGGGCGCCCCUGAGAUGACAGAGCAGGAAAUCGAUACUCUGUGUUACCAGCUCCAGGUCUACCUGGGCCACGGCCUGGACACCUGUGGCUGGAAGAUCCUCUCUCAGGUGCUCUUCACGGAGACCGAUGAUCCUGAGGAGUAUUACGAAAGCCUCAGCGAGCUUCGACAGAAGGGUUACGAAGAAGUGCUUCAGCGGGCCAGGAAGCGUAUCCAGGAGCUCUUGGAUAAGCAUAAGAACACAGAGAGCAUGGUGGAGCUUCUCGACUUAUAUCAGAUGGAGGAUGAAGCCUAUAGCAGCCUUGCAGAAGCAACAACUGAACUCUAUCAGUAUUUACUGCAGCCAUUCCGAGACAUGAGAGAACUUGCCAUGCUACGAAGACAGCAGAUCAAGAUUUCUAUGGAAAAUGAUUAUCUGGGACCCCGAAGAAUUGAGAGUCUACAAAAAGAAGAUGCCGACUGGCAGCGGAAAGCUCAUAUGGCUGUACUAUCUAUUCAAGAUCUUACAGUCAAAUAUUUUGAAAUAACAGCAAAAGCUCAAAAAGCUGUGUACGAUCGAAUGCGAGCAGAUCAGAAGAAAUUUGGUAAAGCAUCGUGGGCAGCAGCUGCUGAACGUAUGGAAAAACUCCAAUAUGCAGUUUCUAAAGAGACUUUGCAGAUGAUGAGAGCUAAAGAGAUCUGUUUGGAACAGAGGAAACAUGCACUAAAAGAAGAGAUGCAAAGUUUGCAGGGUGGUACAGAAGCCAUAGCUCGAUUGGAUCAGUUAGAAGCUGAUUAUUAUGAUCUGCAGCUUCAGUUGUAUGAAGUACAGUUUGAAAUCUUAAAGUGUGAAGAGUUACUGUUGACAGCACAACUGGAAAGUAUCAAAAGACUWAUAUCAGAAAAGAGAGAUGAAGUAGUUUACUAUGACACUUAUGAAAGCAUGGAGGCCAUGCUAGAGAAGGAAGAAAUGGCAGCCUCUGUGCAUGCACAGAGGGAAGAGCUGCAGAAACUACAGCAGAAAGCACGCCAGCUGGAAGCAAGACGGGGACGUGUCUCAGCCAAGAAAGCCUACCUCAGAAAUAAAAAGGAAAUUUGUAUUGCAAAACACAAUGAAAAAUUCCAACAGCGCAUUCAAAGUGAAGAGGAAUAUAGAACCCAUCACAUGGUACAACUAAAGAGAGAAAAAGUGCAUGAUGAAGAGGAAAGAAAAAGUGCCUGGGUUAGUCAGGAGAGACAGAGAACGCUGGAUAGACUUCGAACAUUUAAACAGAGGUACCCUGGGCAAGUCAUACUUAAAUCAACCAGAUUACGACUGGCUCAUGCGAGAAGAAAAAGUGCAGCAAGUCCUGUGCCCCAUGAGGAUCCWUGUGACUCUCUACCAGGGGUGUUGCAGGUAGAGGGAAAAACUGAAGAGGUGGGAGAAGGAAGAGGMCAGCUUGGGUCAUCACAGACAACAGAAUCCCAGCGCCUUUCACAACUUGAAGAUAAUUCAUUAGCACAACUUGAAGCCACUUCAUUACCUCUCAGUGGUGUUACCUCCGAACUGCCUCCCACUGCAUCUCUUCCACUUUUGAAUAGCAGUGACCUCGAACCAUGUUCUGUUAGCACAGAUCCACUCCCACCACCUCUCCCUCCUACACCCGCUCCACCCCCACCACCCCCUCCCCCUCCCCCUCCUCCCCCUCUGCCUGUUGCAAAGGACAACACUGCCAACCCGGAGACACUGGAGAAAGGUCUGCCUAGAAAGGAGGGGAAUGAGAAGAGGAUCCCGAAGUCUGCCAGYGCCCCCUCAGCACACCUUUUCGAUAGCAGCCAGCUGGUUAGUGCCCGAAAGAAGCUCAGGAAGACUGCUGAAGGUUUGCAGAGGAGGAGAGUGAGCUCACCUAUGGAUGAAGUUCUAGCAUCCUUGAAGCGUGGUAGUUUUCAUUUGAAAAAGGUUGAACAGCGAACUCUGCCUCCUUUUCCUGAUGAAGAUGAUAGUAAUAAUAUCUUGGCACAAAUAAGGAAAGGGGUAAAAUUGAAGAAGGUACAGAAGGAAGUUUUGAGAGAAUCCUUCACACUUCUGCCUGAUACAGACCCUCUAACACGGAGCAUCCAUGAAGCUCUACGAAGAAUUAAAGAGGCAUCCCCUGAGUCAGAGGAUGAAGAGGAGGCUUUGCCUUGCACAGACUGGGAAAACUGACAAGUAACUUAAAGAAGAAAAAUACGUACAGAUGAAGAUUGGUUCGGAUUCUUUUGGAAAACAAAAGUUGAAGCUCUUGGUUCCACAGUUGGAUUCCAUUAGACCCAAAGUAUAUUGACUCAGUUGUAUGGGGGAAAAAAAAAGGAAGCACAAUUGGCAAAUUAUUACUUUUAUAGUCAUUCCAAUAGAUAAUGGUUAAGAUGAUUUUUAAAUGUGCAAUGUUCCUAUCUGUGAUGAAGAAAGGCCUCCUGGAGAUGGCUGUUUUUUAUGCACCUUCCCUUCCCCCAUCCAUAUAUAUAUAUAUAUAUGUAUAUAUAUAUAUAUAUAUAUAUAAUUUGUAGUGGCCAGUUAAACUGGGAGUUGCUAUGAGUUGGAAGAACACUGGGCUGACAAGAGAUCUACUGUGAGCUGUUUUGGGACUGCUUUGAGAUCCAUCUUUCAGUGUACUGAAAGGAAAGACAUCUGCUGAAAACACAGAGCUUCUUCCAUAUCAGCUUACAGAAAUAGUGCUACAUUCUGAAAAAGAAGUUUAUCAUGGUAGCAAUAAGUCAGGAAUUAUAAUCAGAUGGAAAUGUACUUAAAAAUUUUAACAGUUCUCAUCUCCAAAGGAAUUUUCAUAAAUGAUGUUCAACAUCUGAAAGAUCAGUGGAGAUACACCUAUUAAUUUGUGUACCAAACAUGAUAACAUUUAACAAGGCAUAUUUUUAGAAGGCUACACAGUCUACACUUUGUAAGRGUUUGAAGUUAAAAUUUCCAUGCUUUUAAAUAGCUUUUCAUAAUUCUAAAUUUAUAAUGGUUUGAAUYUUAUGUGCAUCCUUGUUUAUGAGAAGCAAUACUUUGUAAUUUGAUAAUGUUUCAAAUUAUUUUUAAUCUUUUUGUUUGAACUGUUGCUUGAUCACCAUAACUCAUGACUUUCCUAUUGAGAAUCAAAAAGGAGGAUUCACUAAUAGGGAUGUAGAUCAUAACUCUUUAUCAUGCACCAUUAAAAGUUUUUAUUGUUAUGCUCCACAGUGUAAAGCAUGUGCUCCACAAAGAUGCAGAAAGUAGACAGGAAAGCCUCUUUGGCUGGCAUUUCACUAUCUUGAAAUGCUCUGAAUGGAACAUUGGGAGAGAGCCUUUGUUAUUGAAUAUUAUUUUCAUUAACAAAAAUUCCCAGCAGCAGAGGGUUAUAUAAAACAAAAUCUUUUUGCUCAAACAUUAGUAAUAUAUUUAUUGAUGAGACUAGGAAUUUCUGCACAACAUUUUCAUGAUACAUUGGUUCUARUCCCAGCAUAAGUCCYGKGUCUUGUCUGGGAUGAUUAGUAGUACACAUUUAAUAUAUAUAAACUUUAGUAGGGGUGGGUACAUAUCCUUUAUAACUUCAGUAAAGCAUUAAAGUAUGCUUUUAACCCAAAGAGCCAWUCGUUAGAUUAAUGUAUUUGCAMAUUUUUAAAUUUAGAAAACUUUUUUWAAAAAAACAUGUAUCCAUCUAAUCCAUCCAUUUUGUGUGUGWGUAUCAGUAUUUCAUGUGUCAAGUGUUUUGGAUGCUUGUUCAUAACCUAACUUUUAUUCAUUUUUUU